CCUGCAGGCAAACACGAGGAGCAGCAGGUGGAAGGAGGGAUUGUCUCCAAGAACUUCACCAAGAAAAUCCAGCUGCCCUACGAGGUGGAUCCCAUCACGGUGUUCGCCUCCCUGUCUCCGGAGGGGCUGCUGAUCAUCGAGGCGCCCCAGAUCCCCCCCUACCAGCAGUACGGCGAGGGCGGCAGCGGCAGCGAGAUCCCCGUCGAGAGCCAGGAGGCCACCUGCACCUGAGCAGCCACUCUCGGCCCUGCUGUGCCCCGGCACCCCUCCUCCCCUGCCCCCUCUCCCCCUGGAUCCCUGCUCCCUGGUCCCCUGCGGCGCGGCAUCCUGACAGCCUCCGGCAAGGGUGACGGGUGCCGCUCGUAGGGAUGGCAGCACCCGUCACCCAUGGGGGGGCCAGCUGAGAGCCGGGGCACACACCGGGUGCCAGGCCACUGUCCCCGAGGGCUUGUAGCAGUCUGAGGUGCCAGUAGAGAUUUUUGUGCCCACGGGGCCAAGCAGAACGGAUGUCCUCCUUACGGUUAUCGUUCGCUCCGAGUCGCUCGGAUGGGAUAUUUAUAACAAUAGCAAAAAAAAGGGCCUUUUUUUUUUUUUUUUCCUCUAAAAUUGACAUGGAAACCUGUAGCCCUGUGUCUUCUCCUUCUCCAUGAGUUGUUGUUUUUAAACUACAUCUCUGCAAGGGACACGUGUCCGGCGGCGGAGCUUGACGGCACGGCCUCCGUCCUGAGAAACGCAAACUGUCCGCGUGCUUUGAACGUUGGUUUGGGGUUUUGGUUUAAUUUUUUUUUUCCUUAUUUCCAAAGAGAAUUUGUGCUUUUACUUGUCAUACCUGAGGAAUAAAACCCAGUGGAUGUUCUUA